AUGGCCCCAAAGAAUAAGGCCAAGGCUGCUCCGAAGACGGAGCCGAAAGCUAAGAGGGCCAAGUCCGGUGCCUUGGUGAUUGGAGAUGAUCCCACACCGGUGGAGAUGAAAGCAAGCAUUCAGAGGAUGCUGAAUCUUGUGAAGUACAAAGCCGACCCCGUGAGAAACAAGAGUGGGGAGUGCCUGAGCGAAGCCCAGCAAGUGCUGGAGGCCGGGUUGCAAUUCUCCAUUUGCUAUGCAGCCUACCGGCAGGUCGCCGACUCGGACCGAAAGGGAUUCAUCGCUGCCUGCCAGAAGAAUGGCCUUAAGGACUUGAAGUGGGUGGGCCAGUACACCAAGAAGGUUGUGAAGGAGGAAGCCGAGGAGGAUGUCUCUAUCAAGGGCAUGAUGACAAUCAGCGACUUCCCAGAGAAGAGGCAGAAGGAGUUGCUGGAGGGUUUGCUCCAGGAAUCCGAGGAUUUCUGGGGGCACGAGAGGAACCUGGUGAAGCACAAGAUGCCCGAGCUCUGCCGGUACUUUUACCGGACCUUGGUGGAAAGCAAAGAUGCAACCCGAUCCGAGUCAGGCACCUUCGAAAUGAGUGCUAGCCUAGCAGCGAAGGAGAUGAAAAGCCUGCAGAACACCAAGGGUGAGGUGAAGUUGGAGCACCCCGAGCGGACCGAGCUGAGCAACUUGAGCAAAGUGGCCAACAGUGCAGUCAAGAGCCUGGAUGCCAAGCAUGGAGAGUUGAGCUCGGAAUGCAUUGCUCUCGAGAAUUGCCCCAAGCUCGCUAGCAAAGCGCCGGAGGUCCGGGUUACCCUGGAUGCUCUGAAGAAGUUUGUGGAGGAUCUUCGAAAGAUCCAGGUCCUGCUGGAUCGCAAGCUUCCCACGAUGGACGAGGCAGCCUGCAAGAACGAGAAAGCCGACAUGGACCAGUGGAAUCGCAAUGCCAAUGAGCAUCUUGACAAUGUGAAGUUGUUGCUGAAGAAGGUUAAGGGCUGGCAGGCCUAG